GCAUGCAAGAUAUCCAUCUGACUGUUCUUAAAAGGGAUAGUUCAAAGCCACCAGUACACCGCAACUCUUGCCAGUCCAUGCUGGACCCUGUGGUCAGUGAUGACUCUGAUUUGCCGACAAAUCCUAAAGAUGCGGAAGCGCUGAAAGAUAAAGACUUCAGAAGACUUACUGCAGCUCAUGAAAGUAAUGUCCUCUCACUUGAGCCAACUUACAGAGCUCGUUUAAUGUUAAAGAGGGAAGGAGAAGAUCUUAUCCAGAACAGUGCAGCACCCUUGAUGCUGUCUAAUUCGACAGUGUGUUUCCAUCAGACGGUUUCUCAAGCUGCAGAAUCCAACAGACAACCCAAAGGAGAGUAUGAUACCUUGAAAGAACAGCCAUCAUUCCUUUCCCCAUCUACAGUGCCAUGCCAAUCAACUAUUAAUGCUACAGGACAAUUAGAUGGUUCUGAAAGUACUAAGCAUUGUGUUUUAGGUCAGAUUUGUACUGUGGCAUCAUUUGCCAAAUCGGCCAAUUUCGAUGGGACCCCAAAUGAGAUGAUGGAUACACUCAAUUUGUCAGAGCAACUGGUGUCUACUGAACAAUUCAUAGAUAAAUUAAACCCAGACCAUCAGUGUACUGAUGUAUCAGAGAGUAAGUGUGAUGUGUUAGUGAUCAAAGCGGGUAAUGCUAAGCCGGGACCAAUGUGCAAUGGGAAUCUUGUUACCGAUGAAAAUAAAUCUUUCAAGAAAUGUUUCGUUCAAACAAAGGAAACCUGUGGGAAUAUUGCUGGUCAUGCUGAUUGUGGGGACCAGAAGCCACCAAGUGAACCAGGUACCAACCCUGCAGUGAUCAAAAUAACCGAUCUGAGAGCAAAAGAGGAUGAUUUGAAUGAUCCCGAUCAUGAAAGGGUUCCAGCUAACAACUUUUCUUUGGUGCAGCCUGCAGAAAGCAAAGAAGUAGAACUCUACCGUGAUAAGAAUUCCAGCAAGCACUUAAUUCACAGUUUGGAGCCUAGGACUAAUCAAAAUAAUUUAGUUCAGUGUCCUAAUCGAACACCAAGUUUGCCAAAUAUGCAAGAUUCAGACUUGACAGACAUUACAUUACUGGGGCUGCAAGAAAUUACGAGAAAGAGCACUGAUACUAUUAAUAAUGCUGAUUUAAUACCCUCACCAUUUUUGUAUGUUAAUGUGAAUAAAGGGACGCAGAUGACAGGGUCUGAUAAGUUCAUAUCAAAGGCAGAUCUUGCUGUCAGACCAAAGUCUUCCAGUUUUCUUAAAAGGGCUCUGUCCAGUCACCAGUGUGAUAAGCAGAAGCCAAGGAAACAAGUAAGUGUUGGUACUGACUCCACUGUUUGUGUUGGCAAUGAGUCUUGGUCCACUACAGUGGCCUCCAAGGACAAUAAAGAUGAAGAUGAGGACAUAAGUGAUCAUACUAGUUUCGGCAGCACCUCAAGUUUGCAAUCUCAUCAUAAUCUUUCAAUAGAAACCUCUUCCAGUACUAAUUCGCAGACCUAUUGUUCCCCAGAUCACACUCAUCACAACCACCAAAAUUCAUAUCGAUCAUCCAAUUCCAGAGCUGUAUCAGACUCCUUCUUGAAAGUUGUGCAUUGUCUAAUAGAAAACCAGAGGCAGCAUGAAGAGCAAGCUGUGACCGAUUGCUCCCUGCAAACGCAUAUCACGAUGCUUAGUGCAAAUGGAGGAGCAGAUGUGGUCUUGAGCAGAACAUCCAGAGGAAGUACUAGCAAUCAGGGAAGAACAUUAACCACUUCAAAGUCAGAUCUAGAGGCCAAAGAAGGGCAGAUCCCAAAUGAGUCAAACUUUAUAGAGUUCAUUUCCUUGCUGGAAUCAAUUAAUAGUUCAAGAAUUAAUGCAGCAAGCUGGACAGGUGAUUGUCGAGAGGAGGGUGCCAUGGGUGGAGGUAUGAUAUUUUACCAUGUUAGGAUGUGUUUGACUGGUUUUGUAAAUUAAAACUACUUGCUAAUAUGUUUUUUUUUUAAUGUUGUUUCCACAUUAGCAUAGUGGAAAAUUCAAUUGUAUUUUAUUGAAAGGUUUACAUUUGUCUACAAAAUCUUACUUUCUGCUUUUUUUUGUCACACUUUUAUGUUAACGUUUCCAUUGUGAAUUCCUAUUUCUGCAUUUGCAAUGGAAACUGCCCAUCCCCUUCUAAUCAGGCCACUGGCUGGUGCUGUGAUUUUUGCAGAAAUCAUUCAAUGUGCUUGAUAGAAAUGUCAAAUGACUGAAAUUUCUAAAGUUUCAAUUAAGAAUUUGAAUGAAAUUCUAAUAACGCUUUCCAUGAUAAUGUUGAUUAAACGCAUCCAUAGAAUGAUAUUUUAAUUUGUUUACUUAUUUGUUCAAAGACUCAAAAUUUCCAAAACCCUGUGUUUGCAGUUAUUAUUUUUAUACAAAGCUGGGUUACUUUUAGCUGAAUUCAGGUGUUGCAAUUUAAGAAUGUGCCACUUACUGUAUUUCCCAACCUGUAUCAAUACCAGUUAGCUGGACUACUAAUCUAAUGUUUUUCUGCUUAUCAAAACCUUUGUUUUUGAUCAGCACAUUCGAAGAAUAGCAGAGGCAGAUUUCAAUUUAUUCAGUUAACCUCUUUCUUUAAAAAAUGUCAACCUUUGG